CUAUUUCCGGAUUUGGGAAUUGCCAAGAAAGUUGAAUAGCAUUUGAUAAAGUUGAAUGUCUCUUCUUUUUGUGUAGAAUGACUAAUCAACUCGUAAUUCACGACCCUAUGUAAUAUACUGAAAAUAAAUAUAAUUUUACUCUUUUAUAUGAUUUCUGAAAUAAAUACUUAAUAUAUUGGAUUUCUUUAUUACCUUGUUACUUUUGAGCGAUAAAAAGUGCUGUGAAAUUAUCUGAAGGCGUAUUACACUUCCCACUGGUUUAAAGAAGUUCUUUGCGAUAAUUUUUUUCAAAAAAGGAAAUCUUCAAACUAGUAAACUGCAGAAUGUUUUUGAAUUCUCUCAGAAGCGAAACUCCUAAAUGGAUUAUUUUAAUUCUUUGGAUAUUAGCUAACAUUGGAAUGUUUAUUGGAUUUUUCGUAAAAUAUCAAGUUUCUGACGAAUAUUUCUAUCUUCGUAAGAUCGUAGGGAUUAAUUUAGCUGUUGCAAGAGCCUCAGCUAGUUGCUUGAAUCUUAAUUGUACGUUAUUGUUGCUACCUGUUUGUAGAAAUCUUAUUUCCUUUUGGAGAGUGAGCUGUCAACGAUGCAAAACAAAUGUCAGGAGACAGCUUGACAACAACAUUAUCUUUCACAAGUUCAUCGCCUAUGCAAUUUGCUUAUUUACAGCGAUGCAUUAUUACUCUCAUACUGUUAAUUUUGAGCGUUUUAUAGACGCUCACCAUCAGGAGGGUUUAUUAUCUAAAUUGUCGAAUUUAGGAAAUGCAAAAAAUCAAACUUACAUCAAUCCAAUUCGAUCACCUAACACAAAUCCAAUGUUGGAGCUAGUUAAAUGUGUUGCUGGUAUAACUGGGGUCAUAAUGACAAUGGCAUUAGUCAUAAUUGUCUCAUCGUCAACCCAACUUAUUAGACGAUCAUACUUUGAAGCAUUUUGGUUUACUCAUCACUUGUUUGUUUUGUUUUAUAUUUUCUUAGUUACACAUGGCUUAGGAGGCAUGGUUAGAAAGCAGAGUAAUGUUGCUCAACAUGAUCCGGAGAAAUGUCAAAACCUUUUAUGGGGAGGUGCCAAUAGUAAGAAUUGUCCAGUUCCUCAGUUCGAACCCCCGGGAGUUUCGAGCUGGAAAUGGGUAAUUGGUCCGAUUUGCUUAUAUUUAUUGGAAAGAUUUUUACGCUUUCUGAAAAGCCUUAGGCCAGUCAACAUUUUCGAGGUCAUUCAACAUCCUUCAAAAGUAAUUGAAAUAAGACUGCAUAAAGAAAAAUUAGAUCCAAUGCCAGGAGAAUAUGUUUUACUUAAAUGUAUGGAGAUAUCUAAAUUAGAGUGGCAUCCUUUCACCUUAACUUCCGCUCCAGAUGACAACUAUUUAAGCGUUCAUAUAAGAGUAGCCGGCGAUUGGACAGAGAAACUCUACGAAAUAUGCACAGCUGAGAGACGACAAAAACCCAAAUUAGCUAUUGACGGUCCUUUCGGUACUGCAACAGAAGACGUUUUCAGGUACCAAGUAGACGUUAUGAUUGGCGCUGGUAUCGGAAUAACACCUUUUGCUUCGGUAUUGAAACAUAUAUGGCAUAAAUUGCAACAAUCAUCCGAGAAACCGAUAAAAUUACGAAAAGUUCAUUUCUUUUGGAUUUGCGGCAGUACAGCUUCGUUUGAAUGGUUUCGAGAGCUUCUUUCAGACCUUGAGCUGAAAAUUAGAAAUUCUGGAUCUCCAGAUUUUCUGUCUUAUCACGUUUACUUGACAAGGGGCUGGGAUAAUAGAAUGGCGAGAGAUAUCGUAAGUCGGGAUCGAGAAUCGAAGGAUCCUCUAACCGGAUUAUCUCAGAAAACUUUUUUUGGACGGCCAGAAUGGCCUAAGCUCUUUCAAAGCUUCCUUCACGAUCAUCCUGGAGUGAAAAUUGGUGUGUUUUGCUGUGCUCCGUCAGGCUUGGUUAAAGAAGUGAACAAAUGCUGUCAAGACUAUUCAUCAUCAAACGAACAAAACACAGAGUUUAUUUUCAAUACGGAGCAUUUCUAAACUUUCUCAUUCUGAAACUUCUAAUUUCUCUUUAAAUGCUUUCUUUUUUAAUACUUUUACCUCACUCUAUUUUCGAGAUAUUAUUUACAUCUGCUUUCUCUAUAUCUCUCUCAUUUUCACUUAUAUAUAUAUAACACUCGCGCAAGCAGACACUCAUAUAUAUAUAUAUAUAUAUAUGUAGGUGCAAACUUUCAAAUAUAUUCGCUUUCCUAUUCUUUCUUCUAUCUUUCGCUAAUCUUAAGUAUAAACGCAUGUAGUUAUCCAAUUAUAAAGCUGUCUGUCGUCUAUUAUUAUCCGUUUUCCAUUCUUCGUGAGCUAAAGAUGAAUCACGGUGUCUAUGUCGUCCUCGGCAAAGGAGAAGUUGAAGUCCGUGACGAAAAGUUUUUGAAUUUAAAGUAUAAAUAAAGGGAUUUGUUGCAGAACUUAUAAUAGGCAAGAACUCAACUAUCGUAAAAGUAAAUACAACAUUAUGAACGUUGUACCCAUGGGCCAAAAAGAGAUAAAAAA